GAUGCGCUGGGCGUCCGGCGAUGAAUAUGAAGGAGAGUGGAAGGCGGGAGUGAUGAACGGAAUCGGGCGCUUUUCUUACGCCGAGGAUGGACUGUAUGACGGUGAUAUUGACUCAUCCCUGGUAGUCUCUUGGUUGAGUUUCCAGCAAGGUGCAUGGCUGAAUGACAAACGGCAUGGGCGCGGGACGAUGAAAUAUGUUAACGGCGACGUCUAUGACGGGAUGUGGCAAAACGACAUGCGUCAAGGAGAAGGGAGAUGCGAAUAUGCAAACAAAGACGUGUUUGUUGGGAACUUUGUAGCAAAUUUUCGCGAGGGGUGGGGUGUAUACACGACUGCUCCUGUGAAAGUGUUGAUGCCUGACGCCGCACUUCCGAAAGUAUUGCCUGGCGAUGAAUACAGCGGAAAUUGGCACAAAGACAAGAAACACGGUUACGGGAAAUACUCGUGGUCGGACGGGGACUGCUAUGAGGGCGACUGGGAGAACGAUUUGCGUAACAAUCAUGGGGUUUGCGUGUAUUCCAACGGGGACAAGUAUGAAGGGGAGUGGUGCGAUGACCUUCGUCACGGGUUCGGGAAACUGGUAUGGGCAGAUGGAAACACCUAUGAAGGAGUGUGGCGCAAUGACAACAUCUCUCCUGGGACGAAGGGUGUGCCUCCUCAUCAAAGAACAAAGAAAACUCAAGCUCCGAAAGACAACAAGGAAGCACAUGUUGCCUUGGAAAUACCGGACCUGCAAGAAAACGCUGAACCCCACGAAGAUAUCCCUCUUUCGGCCAGCAUUGAGUUCCUUGACAUUCCAGAGCUAGCUCAGGUUGGAACGUGGUUUGGCUCCAUAACCAAGACCAACGGGAAAAUGUCCCCGAGAAGGAGUCCCAGUGUCUAUGGAAAAGUAAUGGUGUUUUGAUAAUGCUAAAUAAGAAUUCUUUGUAAACUUAAUCACGCUGUUU